AUGGAUAAGUUUUUGUAUUUUAGUUUACAAAUAAUCAGAUCAGCGGCAGAACUAGGAGAAUAUUAUUUGCUUGUCUUUCAUAAAGUCCCCUCGAUGAUUAUUUGUCAGAUGACGCAGAGGAGCCAUAUAAAAGCUCAGGGUCGGAUUAUUUACCAGACUCAGGCAAACAAGGAAGCUCCUGGACAUGAUGUGCUGCAGCUAGGCAUAACAGAAAUGGUACCAAAUAAUGAAAGUCCACUUGAGGAUGAGAAUAAACAGAAAAAGUCCAGAAAACGAAAAUCUCUUCCAAAAACAUGGAAACGUUAUGAAAAUAAAGAGAACAAAAAUAAAGGAAAGGCAUAUAAAACAUAUUCAGGCAAAAAAUCCUUGUAUUGGAAAACGUUUAUGUAA